AUGUCUAACAAGGUCUGCCAAGCUGAACCCGUCCAAUACUGCCAAUUUGGCCAUCAUGAUGCUAAGGAAGACAAGGUGAAUUUCCGUCUGGGUGUUUCGACACACUUCAACUCCUCCUCCACCACCACCCACGACAUCUACCUCAGUCUCUCAAUAACUCGCGACUCAGAUCUCGGAUGGACAGCCAUCGGCACCGGGUCUCUAAUGGCAGGCUCCCUGAUGUUUAUCCUCUAUGGGGAUCCCGAAUCCAGUGAGAAUCCCGUGCUAAGUAUCCGAACCGUCGAUGGCCAUCACCAGCCUCGCCUGAUCACCCACGACGACAUGGGCGGAGCCGAUCUUCGCCUUCUCCAAACCUCUUGGAUGUCCGCCUUGCCAUCCAUGCAUCAUGAACAACACACCAUUGCUAAAAGUCAAAGGCCUCAGUCCGCCCACUUGUCCUUGAUCUGCUACUCCUGUGCUCGCUGGCCUACGUCGCCCAUAUCGCCUCUGUCAUCCUCACAACCCUGGAUAAGGGCCUGGAACAACCAGCAGAAAUUCCCCAUGUACAGCUUUGACGCACCAUUAGACAUGUAUGCACACCACGUGGGCAAUGGUGGCUGGGUACGGUUCUACGUCGACAUGGCCCGCUCUCUGACACAGCCGGGGGACUACUAUCCCUCAUUUCCACCACUGCGGCCCAAUAUCGAGGCUUUGGGCGCCUCGGACACUCCGAUCGGCAUUUCCGGCAUCGCUGCUACAGCAGCGAACACCUGGCGCAAGGUUAAGGCCACCGCGCUCUUGCAAAUGACCCACGGGAUCAUGAUGGCAGGUAGCUUCCUCUUUCUUCUUCCUGUCGGCGUCCUCGCUUUGCGAAGUGGCUCGCCACGCUCGUUCACCUACCACUGGAUCUUGCAGGGGCUGGCAACUACUUGUAUGAUAGUCGGGGCGGGCACCGGUAUCGCCUUGAAUCAAGCGCACGAGCACGGUCACAGUCACAACAAGCGCCAUGAUUCCGAUUCCGCGAAGGCAUCGGCGAUCUUCAACACUCACCAGUUCCUCGGUGGAAUGAUUGUGGCGUUUCUGCUCAUACAGAUUCUGCUAGGCUGGUGGCAUCAUGUUACCUUUGUCCGAAUCCGCGCCCGGACAUGGGUCUCGUACGCUCAUAUUUGGGUGGGUAGAAUGGAGAUGGUCGGCGGGUGUGCGAACCUUUUGAUUGGCAUGGUAUUGACUGGGUGUGACUCGUUGGGCAUCGAGAUGGUGGCGGGAUUCAUCCUAAUGGAGGCGCUAGGUGUGACAUUUUGGUGCUUUUAUAGACAGCAAUUGGCUGCCAGAAAAAUGAGUAAUGCUUGA